GACGGAGCUAUUCGUACAGUCAGUGGACAGCAAUCAGUCGUUUUCAAGUUACGCUCGCAAACAUGAAGCUGUUAAAUGGUGUCCUGGCGUCUACCCUCUUCCUUACUGUGCAUGGAUUCUACACAGCAAGUGACGACGUGAUGGAGCUUAGUCCUUCUAACUUCAAUAAGCAGGUGCUGCAAAGUGACAGCAUGUGGCUUGUCGAGUUCUAUGCACCAUGGUGUGGUCACUGCCAAAGACUUACACCUGACUGGAAAAAAGCUGCUACUGCUUUAAAGGGUAUCGUUAAACUCGGAGCAGUGGAUGCUGAUCAGCACAAGUCGCUUGCUGGUCAGUAUGGAAUCAGCGGCUUCCCUACCAUAAAAAUCUUUGGAGCCAAUAAAAAUAAACCUGAGGACUACCAAGGUGGUCGUACAAGUCAGGCUAUAGUGGAAGGGACCAUGACAGCUCUGCGCUCUUUGGUGAAGGACCGACUCAGUGGAUGGACUGGAGGUUCUGGGCACAGCAAACAGAGAGGUGGAGAGAGUGGAACAGGCAGUAAGAAGGAUGUGGUAGAGCUGACUGAUGAUAACUUUGACAAGCUGGUUCUGAAUGGGCAUGAGGUAUGGAUGGUGGAAUUCUUCGCUCCUUGGUGUGGCCACUGCAAGAAACUUGAGCCAGAAUGGACUGCAGCAGCAAUAGCGGUCAAAGAACAGACAAAGGGCAAAGUGAAACUGGGUGCUGUGGAUGCCACUGUACAUCAAGGCCUGGCCAGACGUUAUGGUAUUCGUGGAUUUCCCACCAUUAAGAUCUUCAGUAAAGGAGAAGAGCCAAAGGAUUAUGAUGGAGGAAGGACUCGGCCUGAUAUUGUGGCCCAAGCCAUAGAAUUGUUCUCUGCAAACGUUCCACCUCCUGAGGUGCUUGAGAUUAUUAACCAGGAUGUUUUCAAGAGGACCUGUGACGAUUACCAGCUUUGCAUCGUUGCAAUACUUCCUCACAUUCUUGACACAGGUGCAUCAGGUAGAAAUGGCUAUUUGGAGGUGAUGAGGAAGAUGGCUGACAAAUAUAAGAAGAAGACAUGGGGCUGGUUGUGGGCUGAAGCAGGAUCUCAGGCAGAGCUGGAGUCCUCUCUGGGCAUUGGUGGGUUUGGCUACCCUGCUAUGGCUGCAAUCAAUGUUCGCAAAAUGAAGUUUUCCCUGCUGAAGGGCUCUUUCAGUGAAACGGGCAUCCAUGAGUUCCUGAGAGACCUGUCCGUUGGCCGUGGCUCAACCGCACCAGUUAGAGGAGGGAUACUACCGACAAUCCACACUGUAGAAGCCUGGGAUGGCAAGGAUGGCCAGCUGCCCAUAGAAGAAGACAUUGAUGUCAGUGACGUGGAGUUGGAUGAUUUAGAAAAAGAUGAGCUGUGAGGUGGGAUGCUUGUGAAACAAAGAAAAUAUAGACCUGGCGAAAGCCUGAGAUGUUCUUACAUCUGACAUCAGGCUGGUCUCAGAAUUCAGUGUAGGACUAAUGGCAUGCACUCUCUACCUGUUGCAGUGCCUUAAACAUGCUCAUAAGCCUGUCAUUGGAUAUCACAAGCUCUGCCACUUUGUACACAGCUCUCUGACUCUCAGAAAUGUGCAGUAGAGUUUCUUCUUUUUAUUGUUCCAGGAAAUUGAUGAACCUGAUAUUGGCUUCUUUGUUUUGCACAUUGUCAUGUAUGUAUGUAUGUGUGUGUGUGUGUGUGUGUGUGUGUGUGUGUGUGUGUGUGUGUUUGGUUUUGGGUUUUUUUACUUAUUUAUAUUUGGUUUGAUGUCAUUUUUCCUUUAUUACUACAGUUUUAUCAUUUGGCCUCUGGAUUGUGCUAGAAAGCAAGAACUGUGCCUUGGAGACCUUUAUUAUUUAUCGGGGGCAGAAUUAAUUGUAGCCACAGCAGUUUGGUAUCCUAAGUUUCUGAGGUUUGUAAAAUGUGUUUUUUAAAAAAUCCUUGCGAGUCCAGCUCUUGUCAAACUGACAUGCUGAGGUGAUGGGGGGGAGUAUUGAUACAAAUACUAUAAGCAAAAGAAAGAUCAUAUGCCAGGUACUUUGGUGGGUGAAUGAAUAGAAGUGGUGAUCAGACAUUGAACUUUUUACAGCUCUUGUUGCUAGUGUGAGCUGUAGGCUUCCUAAAAUCAGUCUCUGUUAGAAUGCUGGGUUUGUUUAAUUUGUUUUGGCCAAUAAAA